AUGGCGGCCAGGGGAAAGAGAAACACUGGCCCGGCUGCAAAAAUGAAAACGGACGUUUUACUUAAAAACAGGACAUUUUUGAUCAAGAACUUGCACAUCGACGAAGUGCUAGAAUUACUCUAUCAGGAGAGGAAAAUCGCCAAAACUGAAUAUGAAAGUAUCAACGAAAAGCGAACUCGAUCAAAAAGGGUGAAAAAGUUAUUAGAUGUCUUGGACACGAAGGAUGACACGGCCUACGACGUGUUCAGAAAGGGACUUGAAGAAGGCGACUGUGACCAGGACUUCAUUAUAAGAAAACUAGAUGAAACUGAGCAAACGACAAUCUCCACAAAAUUAGUGCCCAAACCGAACAAAAACCGGUAUAAAUUGGUAUUAUUAGGUACUGCAGGGGUAGGCAAGACCAACUUGAUGACGGUGUACACUGGAGGGAAGUUCCUAGUGGGGUCCACAGCGACAGUUGGCACGGACUUUGUAUCUAAGAACGUCACUGUGGACACCGGGAACGAGUGUGAAGAGAGCCAAGUGAGUGUUCAGAUAUGGGACACGGCGGGCCAGGAGACUUACUGUGCCAUGUCCAGAAUGGUGUAUCGGGAAGCACAGGGCGUAAUCUUCGUGUACGACAUAUGCAACAGAGAAAGUUUCGAGAAACUGGAUUUCUUCCUCUCGGAAUUUAGGCAGUACAAUAGCCGCUCUGAUAGGGCUGUGAUGAUGUUGGUUGGGAACAAAAGGGACCUGAUUGGGAAACAAGCCUACAAACGUGAGGUGACUCCGGAGGAG